AUGUCCUCAUCCAACACCACUACAACCAAAAAACCCAAACCCAAAACCCAACCUCAAUCCCAACCCCAAGAAGAGAGACCCCAUCUAUCCGCCAACUUCGCCAACCCAUCAUCGCAGAGAAUCGACUAUGAUCAUGAAGUCUACCUCCAUUUGAUGUCCGGUGAUGAUGGUGAUGACACCCGCAAGGACAAGAACAGAAGCAAGACGCCAAAUCAGGUGUAUAGAGAGAAUAUCGUACGGAGACAUACGACUCGCGCGCUGGACCCGGCAGUCGUGGAUCCUAAUGCGCAGAGGGAUCCGAGUCCCCUUGAUUUGGAGUGGGCGGAAAGUCAGAGGGUUAGGGAGAGGUUGGUGGGGAACUAA